AUGGACUCUACUGAACUCGAGGCCCUCGACCCAGUCUACGUCGCAGAGACACUCUCCAAACCACCCUUCGUCCAGAUCUCGGGCGUCGCCAACGUGCGCGACCUCGGCUCCUAUCCCUCUUCCACUCCCGGCAAGAUGAUCAAACCGGGAUACGCAUUUCGCGCGGCAGAAAUAUCCUCAGUCACGCCAGAAGGCAUUGAACAGAUGAAAGCACUCGGUAUCACCAUCAUCUUCGACCUCCGCUCCGACCCAGAGAUGAAGAAAUACAACACCCCAAUACCAACCAUCGAUGGCAUAGACGUGCUGCACAACCCCGUGUUCAAGACGGCGGACUACAGCCCAGAGACAAUGGCCGAGCGGUAUGAUCUGUAUGCCUUGGCGACCACAGAUGCAUUCAUGAAACUCUACUCCCAAAUCCUCAACAAAGGCGGAGCCUCCUUCAACCGCAUCUUCAGACACAUCCUCUCAAACCCCGACUCCCCCUUCAUAUUCCACUGCACCGCUGGCAAAGACCGCACAGGCAUCGUCGCAGCCCUCAUACUAAAGCUAUGCGGCGUGAGCGAUGACGCCAUAGCGCACGACUAUGCCCUCACUCGCGUCGGCCGCGAACCGGACCGCGAAAAAGUCCUCAAGCGCCUGUCCAAUGAACCGCGCUUCGCGUCAGACUCAAGGGCAGCUCUUCGUAUGCUCUCGUCACGAGACGAGACGAUGCGCGCGUUCCUCGCCAUGUUAGAGCGCGACUACGGCGGCGUCGAGGCAUACCUCGAGAAGACGGUCGGCCUCCCCCCAGACGAGAUCAACACGAUAAGGGAGAAUCUGCUAGUCCAGGCAAGUCCUGAA